AGGCCGCCGAACGACGACAACUAUACUGGUUCGUAGCUGCACAUCGCAUUCUCAGUCGCGAAGCCGAGCGUAGCCGAGCGCGAGGGCUCGUGGAGUAUCGGCCGUAGAUCGUAAGUCGCGUGAUCCUGUGCCUCGCACUGGUGUGGUAGUGUAGUAGUGGUGGGGGGCGUCUCUCGGCGAGUGAUCUCGCGAAGUAGAGUGAGAAAGAGAGGGAGAGAGGGAGUGAGGAACGAUCCUUCGAAAUACACGUACACACGUAUAUACGUCGCGUUACCGUAUCCGGAGAAGAGCGUUAUAAUAUUGGUUUCGCACUGGCGACGAAACUUCGCGCGAAUUUGUCGUCGUUCGUCGUCGUCAUUAUUAUUGUUGUUAUUAUUGUGAAAGGAUUUGGAUUAGUAUUUGAUCGUUAAUCGGCUACGAAUGUUAGCUCGUAUUGAAACACGUGGAAAGAAAGUGGUACCAUGAUACAUUUUCGUGCGUCCAACGAUACGACAUUAUAAAGGAGUUGAGAGAGUAAGAUAUAGAAGUAGAGUAAGAGAUAGAGAGAGAGAGAAAGAGAGAGAGAGAGAAAGAGAGAGAAGAGAGGAGGAGGUGGAAGAAGAAAAAAGUAGAUAAAUCGGCGUAAUAAAGUAGUUGAAAAAAGGAAGGAAGGAAAAAUGUAUUCGGACGGUCACGAAGUAGACGGCAGCUGGGUACUGCGAGUCUACGUGACGGAUCUGCAGGUGGAGAGGAGUCUACGAGUCAAGGGAGAAUUGCAUAUCGGUGGUGUCAUGCUACGUCUCGUCGAGGAUCUCGAUAUCGCAAUGGACUGGUCGGAUCAUGCGUUAUGGUGGCCAGCACGAAAUCACUGGUUGACAAGAACGAGAAGUACAUUGGAUCAGUACGGCGUUGCUGCGGAUGCAUUAUUGCAUUUCACUCCAAUGCACAAAACGCUUCGGGUUCAGUUACCUGACAUGCGUUCCGUCGAUUGUAGGGUAGAUUUCUCGGUAAAAACGUUCAACGCCGUGAUCAAUCUCUGCAAAGAACUAGGCAUCAGACAUCCCGAAGAAUUAUCAUUUUGCAAACCACUUGAACCUUCUCAUUUGAAAUGCAAUUUAAAAGAUUUGCCAUCGAAGAAGAAAAUUGAAAAUCAAAAAAACGGUCAUUGGAACGUACCAGCUGAUACGAAUACCUUUAUACCAGCGAGUCAAAGUCCCAGAGGAUCGACAGGCAGUCUCGACCAAAGUAGUCCCUUCAUGUGUGCCCCGGUCACACCCAGCAAUAGAAAUCACAGCACACCCAUCAGUUCGCCGGUAUCGAUUCAGCACACCAGUACAUGGAAAAGAAAUAACAAUUCGUCGGGUUUCGGCAGUACCGGAUCUUUCAAUGCAAAUAACAGUACGAUGAGUUUGGAAGCGUUGAACGGAGGUCUAUCCGAAUCCCUCGCUCAAAGUCCGGCCUCGAUUUCACCGGAAGUACGCUCGAAGUUGAUCAGGCCAAAGAGUCUCGUUGAACGGGCAAGAAUGAACGUAGCUUGGCUCGAUUCAUCUCUCUCGAUCAUGGAACAGGGUAUACGUGAAUACGACACUCUAAGACUCAAAUUUAAGUUCUAUUCGUUCUACGACCUAAACCCGAAAACCGAUGCUGUCAGAAUCAACAUGAUUUACGAGCAAGCCAAAUGGCAACUUCUAGCCGAAGAGAUUGACUGUACCGAGGAAGAAAUGCUCAUGUUCGCUGCUCUUCAGGUGCAAGUAAAUCUUCAGGCUACCAUGCCACAAUCAAGUUAUGAUAGCAACGGUGCCUCGUCUCCUGUCGAGGACGACAUAGAUGCAGCUCUGACGGAUCUUCAGGUUACCCUCGAGGGUAGCAAUAUUAAUAACGGUCCAAGUGACAUCACGCAGGUACCAGAGCUUUGCGACUACCUGCGUUUCUUCAAGCCAAAGCGUUUCACCUUGAAAGCAUUCAAAAGAUACUGGUUCACGUGCAAGGAUUUACAACUAAGAUUGUAUAAAACCAGAGAGGAAACCAACGGUUCGGAAUCACCGGCAUAUGUCAUCAGUUUACGUGGCUGCGAGGUCACGCCCGAUGUUCAUCUCUCUCAGGGUCGUUACGGGAUAAGGUUGGAAGUACCUAGUGCCGAAGGCAUGACCGAGAUGUGGAUCAGAUGUGAUACUGAACAGCAAUAUGCAAAAUGGAUGGCUGCUUGUAGAUUGGCAGCGAAAGGUCGUACACUUGCAGAUGCGUCUUAUGAAAGCGAGGUCAACAGCAUUACAGCUUUCCUACAACUUCAGAGACCUGCGCCAGCACCAGCGAUAAGCCCAAAUUCAUUGGACAUCACACCAGAUGAUUACGUUGCACCGAGAUUCGUAAAGAGGUUUAAAGGAAAGCUGGUUCAAAGGAUCUUAGAAGCUCACGCGAAUGUAAAGGAUUUGCCUCUCGUCGAAGCUAAACUGAAUUACAUCAAGGCUUGGCAAUCACUUCCGGAAUAUGGUAUAUCUCUAUUCGUAGUUAGAUUCACUGGUAAAAGUAAAGACGAGCUGUUAGGUAUUGCCAAUAACAGGCUAAUGCGAAUGGAACUUCACAGUGGAGAUCAUUUGAAAACUUGGAGGUAUAAUACAAUGAAGGCUUGGAACGUAAAUUGGGAAGUAAAACACAUGAUGGUACAAUUUGAAGAAGAGAACAUUAUUUUCGAAUGCCAAUCAGCUGAUUGUAAAGUCGUACAUGAAUUCAUAGGCGGUUACAUAUUCUUGUCGAUGCGUUCGAAAGAAGCGAAUCAAACAUUGAAUGAGGAAAUGUUCCACAAAUUGACAGGUGGCUGGCUAUGAGAAAUCUCUAAUGAUCGAUGAUCUUCGAAGUAUGCUUUUAACGAACGACGAGAAAGGUUAUCGAAGGAGAUAUUUUUUUUUUUCGUAAAUCCUACGAAAUCGUUGUUGCCAGUCAACAUUUAUAAAAAAGAAAAAAAUUAAAAAAAUAACAAAAAACAAAAAUAUGGAUAACCUUGCAAGUAGGUUUCAUAUGUUUAAUAUGCUUUAGAUGUGUACAUAGACAUACGAAUGGAAUCGUCCAAAUCAUGGAAUGCCUUCAUGGAUAGAACGCAACGAUCGUUUAUAUAUAUACAUAUUAUACGUUUUAUCUCUUAUCGUCCUUGAACGUCAAAAGAAUAAUUAUGUAAAAAUGCGAUCGCUCAAGAGAUUAGCAUUAUUCUCGAUGUAAGUUGUGCAUCAUAAUAUAUCAUAUAACGUACUAACGUUAUUCGAUAACGAAAGACGAAUUAUUUUAUUUUAUUUUUAUUUUUUUUCACCUAUCAACCUGUACGGAUGAUUAAAAGUAAAAAAAAAAAAAAAAAAAACGAAAUAAGCUUGCAUACUACUUACUCGAUAAAA